GCUUUACCGGGUAGUCGGGCAGGUGAGGACAGACAGGUAGAGCAGGUCACGAGGUGUCACGUUUCAGUGUCGUCGGGUGGCUUUUUAGCGUCCACCCGGAACAAUUCAAAACGUACGAUUUCCAUUGUAAUCGCCGUCGAAUUUUGUUUACCACCAAACUGGCAACGCUCCGCCAUGGCUCCCAAAUAUGACGGCCUGUCCCACUGUAAGCUGGCCCUGGUGUUUGCUGUGCUCAUGGACAUGUUGGGUGUGGUAUCCCUGCUGCUGGGAGUCUUCGCUCCACUGGAGAUCCAAGGCAGGGACUUUGGGGAUCUGCUGGUGUACACUGGAGCUCUGCUGGUACUAAUGUCCCUGGCAGGCUGGGUCAUGUGGUACAGCGGGAACAUUGAGGGUUUGACCUCCAAAAAGGACCUCGGGGGAAUUGUCGAUGGAGCUAUGGACCGCCUUGCCCGCUCCCUGAGCCGCAAGAUACGUUUGCCCAGGACUCGCAGCAGCCCGACAUAGGAAGUGAGAUCCAAAGAUGCCACCUGAACCACCUGACUGUUACACAGAGAUCUGCUGGUUGCAGGCCAAACUGCCCGAUGAUAAGGAGUGUCACUGUUGCUUGUCGUCCUCUGUACCGGUACCUCUCCUGUGGCUAAAAACACAGAGUUAUGGAGACAAGGUGUCACUUUUUGUAUUCAUGGCGACAACUGAGAUGUUACUACAUUCAG